CGCUGCAGUCUCCCAUAGAGUACCAACGCAAAGAGAGUAGCUCAGCAGUGCUGAGGCCCCAGACCAGUAGGGUCCCUCAGCCCAACAGCAGACCCUAUUCUUCUGUUCCAGUAGGGUCUGAGAAGCCUUUGAAGGCUACAAGUCGUAACCCAUCUCUCCCACCCCUGAAGAUAUCUACCUCCAACGGCAGCACAGGGUAUGAACACUCACAGCCCGGAGACAAGUAUGAACAAAGCAAGACUGAUUUAGGUGGGUGCAAUGGGACCUCUUCCAUGGUGGUGAUUAAAGAUUACUAUGCACUGAAGGAGGAUGAGAUCUGUGUGAAUCAAGGAGAGGUGGUACAGAUCCUUGCUAUCAACCAGCAGAACAUGUUCCUCGUGUACCAGCCUGCAAACGACCACUCUCCGGCUGCUGAAGGAUGGAUCCCCGGCAAUAUCUUGGCUCCCCUCACUAAAUCCUCUACAGAUAAUAGCGACGGAAGCAUCAAGAAGUCAUGUUCAUGGCAUACCCUGCGCAUGAGAAAGCGGGCAGAAAAGGAGAGCAGUGGCAAAAAUGAAGCCAAUGGGCCACGUAAAUCCAAGGAUAUUCUGGGCAACAAAGUCUCUGUUAAAGAGACAAACAGCUCAGAGGAAUCAGAGUGUGAUGACCUUGACCCCAAUACUAGCAUGGAGAUAAUCAACCCCAAUUUCAUUCAAGAAGUGGCUCCAGAGUUUCUAGUGCCGUUAGUGGACAUCACCUGCCUGCUCGGCGACACAGUGAUAUUGCAGUGCAAAGUCUGUGGACGACCCAAACCAACUAUAACCUGGAAAGGACCGGAUCAAAACAUUCUUGACAAUGACAACAGCACGGCCACUUACACAGUGUCAUCCUGUGACUCCGGGGAGCUCACCUUGAAGAUCUGCAACGUGAUGCCUCAGGACAGCGGCAUUUACACCUGUGUGGCAACCAAUGAACACGGAACCGCAUCGACCUCUGCAACCAUCAAAGUUCAAGGUGUCCCAGCUGCCCCAAAUCGCCCCAUUGCUCAGGAGAGAAGCUGCACCUCUGUGAUCCUACGCUGGCUACCCCCAUCCAGUACAGGCAAUUGCACCAUUUCAGGCUACACUGUGGAGUACAGAGAAGAAGGCUCACAAGUCUGGCAGCAGUCAGUAGCCUCAACUUUGGACACGUACCUUGUCAUUGAGGACCUGGCCCCAGGCUGCCAGUAUCAGUUUCGAGUGAGCGCCAGCAACCCCUGGGGGAUCAGCUUGCCCAGUGACCCGUCUGAAUUUGUAAGGCUCCCAGAGUACGACUCUGCUGCUGAUGGUGCCACUAUUUCAUGGAAGGAAAACUUUGACCUCGCUUAUGCAGAGCUGCAUGAGAUUGGGAGGGGUCGAUUCUCCAUAGUAAAGAAAUGUGUUCACAAAGCCACCCGGAAAGACGUUGCUGUAAAAUUCAUCAGUAAAAAAAUGAAAAAGAAAGAGCAAGCAGCACAGGAAGCAGCUUUGUUACAGCACCUACAGCAUCCUCAGUAUAUCACUAUCCAUGAUACCUACGAGUCUCCUACUUCUUACAUCUUAGUUUUGGAACUGAUGGAUGACGGUCGUCUCUUAGAUUACUUAAUGAACCAUGAUGAACUCAUGGAGGAAAAAGUCGCUUUCUAUAUAAGAGACACAAUGGAAGCCUUGCAGUAUCUUCACAAUUGCAGAGUGGCUCACUUAGACAUAAAGCCAGAAAAUCUGCUUAUUGAUUUAAGAAUCCCAGUACCUCGUGUCAAGAUCAUUGAUUUGGAAGAUGCAGUUCAGAUCACAGGCCAUUACCACGUCCACCACCUCCUCGGAAAUCCAGAGUUCGCAGCUCCUGAAGUUAUCCAAGGCCUUCCUGUCUCCCUGAGCACAGAUAUCUGGAGCAUUGGGGUCCUCACCUACGUCAUGUUAAGUGGUGUCUCUCCAUUCCUGGAUGAAAGCAAAGAGGAGACUUGUAUCAAUGUGUGCAGAGUAGAUUUCAGCUUUCCACCCGAGUACUUCUCCGAUGUGAGUCAUGCUGCCAGGGAUUUCAUCAACGUUAUCCUCCAGGAAGACUUCAGGAGAAGGCCAACAGCAGCCACUUGUUUACAGCAUCCGUGGCUGCAACCGCACAACGGCAGCUAUUCCAAGAUCCCACUGGAUACCUCACGCUUGGCUUCCUUCAUCGAGCGCCGCAGGCACCAGUACGACGUGCACCCAGUCCCCAGCGUCAAGAGUUUCCUGAUGAGCAGGCUGAACCCAGGCACGUAA